AUGUCCACUCAAGUCCCCCAUUAUACUGAGAAGCCAUCAUCCAGUAAUGGCCACACCCAUCAUUCUAUCGAUGACACUAUCGGCAGUAUAUUACCAUCGUAUUCUAUGUUUACGAAUACAAUUAGGAUGAAUGCAACCGUACCUGAAAAUGAUGAAGAUAAUAAUAUUACUCCUCCAAAUUAUACCAUAAUAUCAACACAAAUGUUUGAUCAAUCAUCCUCUAUCUCAUCAAACACCUCUCAGAUACAACAACUUUCGCUUACUGGUUCUACAUCUACGAGAGCUACCAAUGAAGAUAGUGAUUUUGAAAAUGCUCCAUUUAUUAUAGCUGAUGAAAAUACUGGUACUUGGCAAGAAACGAUUUUAGACAAUGUUCAUAGAUUGCCAAAUUUAACAUUUGAAUCUCAUAAGAUUAGUGAAGCUGUUAAGUUAGCAAUUAGUUUUACAAAAGAUAUUUGUGAAAUUGGUAAAGUACCUGAACUUAUUGAUCCUUCUGUAUUCGAAUAUAAACAAGGUGAUUUAUUGAAUGGUUAUAUUACUAUUAAAAAUACUUCAGAAAGACCAAUUCCAUUUGAAAUGUUUUAUUUAUUAUUUGAAGGUAAUUUUAUGAUUGCAAAUCCAAAUGAUCGUAAAUCAAGAGUUCCAGUUAAGAU